AUGAACUACCUUUGGAUACUUUUGCUUUUGGCAUUUUACAUCCAACUAAACAGCUCCGCAGUACGAUUUACAAACCUAAAAUGUGAAACCAUUCAUCCCGACUUUGUUUCAUAUGAAGUAUGCAGUCUGAGAGUAAUUACCCGAGGUGUUAUUGGCCUAAGUAUUUAUGCCAAGAUGUGGCAACUACCCGUUAAUAAUAUUUCGAUCAAUUUGAGUCUCUUUAAGAAACUGAAUGGCUACAGACCCUUUCUUUACAAUUUCAGUGUAGAUAUGUGUAAGUUUUUCAAAAAUCCCAAGAAGUAUCCUUUUGUUCAGCUAUACCAUCGUAUUAUUGUAAAUGAGUCAAAUAUAAAUCAUACUUGUCCUUACAAUCACGACUUAAUUGUGAAGGAUGUGUUUCUAGAUGAAAGCAAAUUUAAAAAUUUACCAUUGCCCCGUGGUGAAUAUCGUUUCGAUUUGAAAGUUAGUGCCUAUAAUGAUUUGAAAGGAGAAAUUAAAGCUUAUAUUGAUAUUAGCAGAGAUUUGUGA